CCGGCCCAGCUCCGCUUUGCUCGGCCCGGCCCGGCUCGGCUCCGCUCGCCUCAACUCGGCCCCGCUUAGCGCGGCCCGGCCCGGCCGGCACCAUGCUGGCGCUUUUCAACAAGCUGCUGGACUGGUUCCGGGCGCUGUUCUGGAAGGAGGAGAUGGAGCUGACCCUGGUGGGGCUGCAGUACUCGGGCAAGACCACCUUCGUCAACGUUAUCGCGUCAGGACAGUUCAAUGAGGACAUGAUCCCAACAGUGGGCUUCAACAUGAGGAAGAUCACCAAAGGAAAUGUCACCAUAAAGCUCUGGGACAUCGGGGGACAGCCGCGGUUCCGCAGCAUGUGGGAGCGAUACUGCCGUGGAGUGAGUGCCAUUGUGUACAUGGUGGAUGCUGCUGACCAGGAGAAGAUCGAGGCCUCUAAGAAUGAGCUGCACAACCUGCUGGACAAGCCCCAGCUGCAGGGCAUCCCGGUCCUGGUCCUGGGGAACAAGAGGGACCUGCCCGGUGCCUUGGAUGAGAAGGAGCUCAUUGAGAAGAUGUAAGUGUGCCAGUGUCACCUGGGGUACAGGGAUGUGACACAGUGGGACCUCCUUGGGCACAGGGGGGUGGCACAGUGUCCCCCUGGGGCACAGGGGGUGUGACACAGUGUGCCAGUGUCCCCUGGUGGUGUGACACAGUGUGC